AUGUUUGCGCGACGCUGGAAUGACUGGGCUGUUCACCAAAAGGUCGUCAGUUCGGUGGUUCGAGCACAUCCUGUGGCUCCUCGGGAGGAAGGCCUGACAAUCACCUUCCGUAAUCUACUCAACAGUAGUGGAUCUGGUGACUGCAAGUUGAAAACUGUGCAGGGAGUUGUGACCAGGUUCUGUAAUAACUACAGCUUGAUUAACGAGUUGAUCUCUUUCACUAACGAUGUUGUGACUGGCGGUGUGCUUCUGAAAGUUGGGCAAAAAGUGACCGCACUUGUGAGAGAAGAUGAAACAUCUCAUGGAUUGAAGGCAAUCAAAGUGGAUGUUUCCUCUGAUAAUUGUAGACCAUCAAAGCCUAACAGCAAAAUUUUAAUUGGUUAUGUUACCUCUCUAGUCAAAAAUGGUGGAUACAUUAAUAAGACAGCUUACUUUUCUCUAGACGUUGUUUGUAAAGGGUUCCAGCCUUAUCUGGGUGACUGGGUAGAAGCUGAUUGUUUUAUCCAGCCAGGACCAUCGAAACACAGUAUAACCUCACUGAUGCCCAUGUUCUGCAAACACAUGGAUCAGGUCUGCAUUACUGCUUUCUGUGGAAGAGGUGGGGUGAUAAAUAAUAAUAUCUUCUUCGUCUUGGAGUCUCUGAAAAUUGCUGAUGGAUACAUACCUCAAAAACUUGAUGUCGUCAAUGUGGUCAUGGUGAAGAGCGUUCAGUCACAAUAUGGUUGGAGAGUACUUUCUAUGACACUAGUGGAAAGAGACUUUUCUAACAUCACUGAGUGUACUGAUAUCUCAGCUGGAUCCCUGUUGUUGGAAAACAAAGGCUAUGUUGAAGUUUCAAGUAUGACACAUUUUGGAGAUGUAAUUGAAGGAGAAAGUAAAACUAUUAAGAUAUGCAUUGAGAAUAAAGGAGAACUUGCUCAAAAUUUAGUCAAAUGCCAGUUUGUCGGCUGGGAAAAAACUAAACAAUUCCAAUUGGAAAUGGCUGAUGAAGGGCCAAAACGCCCUUCUAUGCGUGUUGGAAAACAAAUGACUCUAUCCAAAACGGGUAGCAGUUUGGCGGACAACAGAGAAGUAUCUCCAGAUGAAUAUACCUUGCAAGAAGAAGAUAAACAAAAACAAAACACCGUAUCUGAGAAUCAGAUUACAGAGGCUGAUCUGAGUGGACAUAGGCUAAUCCCUCCAGGUGGAAAAAUGUUUAUUGAGGUUACAUGUGCUGCAAGGCAAACACUUCCAAACAUCUUGCCACACUAUCCCAUCCCAGAAUCACUUAGAAGUUGUAUGGAACAAAACAUUAACAUACUGUCUUUGCAGCCAUGUCUUGCAGAGCUUUUGAGCAUGUCCAACUACAAAGACAGAUUUUCAACUUUGUUAUGGCUUGAGGAGAUUCAAGAGGAAAUGGAAAUGAAGGAGUUCAAUAUGACUAGAGUUGUUUUAAAGAAGAAUGGAGAUUUCAUGUUUUUGGAGGUCCCAGGAUUAUGUGAUAACAGACCACUUUUGUAUCCAGGUGAUAGAGUGAUUUUAAGAAAAAGGGAUAACUGUCAACAAAUAAUUGAGUGUAAUAUCUUUGUUCAUAAGAUACAUGAAGACAAGGUGAUUCUCGAAGUUAGUUCAAGAUUUAGGGAAACAUAUAAUUUUGAACCUGUGGAUGUAGAAUUUGUUUCUAAUAGGACUCCAUUCAGACGAUGUCACUUUGCAAUUGAGGAAUCCGAGUAUUUAGGUGAUAGAGUUAGUAGAAGUCAGACCUCUAAACCAAGAUGUGGGAAAUUCUUUAAUCCAAUACUGAAUGAAGAUCAGAAAUUGGCAGUUAGAAGGAUACUGAAUGGUGCAUGUCGACCAAUCCCAUAUAUCCUUUUUGGCCCUCCUGGAACUGGAAAGACAGUUACAUUAAUAGAAGCAGCGUUACAGGUGUAUACCACUUUACCUGACAGCCGGAUUUUAAUCUGUGCACCGUCCAACAGUGCAACAGACCUUUUGUGUUUGCGGCUACAUCAGACUAAAAUGGUGUACCCUGGGAUCAUGGUCCGAGUAAAUGCCCACUGCAGAAGUGAGGUAAUCAGUGAUGCAAUUAAGUCAUAUUGCAAAACUAGCGAAGAUCUUCAGAAAGCCUCACGCUACAGGAUAAUACUUACCACCUGCAGCACUGCAGGACUCUUUUACCAGUUGGGAUUAAGAGUUGGACAUUUUACACACGUAUUUGUGGAUGAAGCAGGACACGCACGUGAGCCAGACUGCCUUAUUCCUCUAGGACUUAUUUCAGAUUCCAAAGGCCAGAUUGUGCUUUCUGGAGACCCCAUGCAGCUUGGACCAGUCAUUAAAUCCAAACUUGCUUUGGUUUAUGGGCUGAAUGUGUCCCUAUUGGAAAGAUUGAUGUGUCGGCCAGUGUAUCAGACAGAUGAAAAUUUGUUUGGUGACUAUGGUGCAUACAAUCCUUUGAUAGUUACGAAGCUUGUGAAGAACUACCGAUCUCAUUCUGCUUUGCUUGCGUUGCCAUCUAAACUUUUUUACCAUAAAGAACUCCGUAAUUUUGCAGAUCCUUAUGUAGUGAAUUCUUUGCUGAGCUGGGAGAAAUUGCCUAAAAAGGGUUUUCCUCUCAUUUUUCACGGUGUGAGGGGCACUGAAAUGCAGGAAGGAAGAAGCACUUCAUGGUUCAAUAUAACUGAAGCUGUGCAAGUCAUGCGUUACUGCUGCCUUCUUACCAAGUGUGCCUCGAGUGACCUGUCACAGAACGACAUUGGUGUGAUCACUCCCUACUGGAAGCAGGUGGAAAAAAUCAAAAUUCUCUUGCAAAGCAUGGAUUUGGUGAAUAUCAAGGUUGGAUCAGUAGAAGAGUUUCAAGGACAAGAAUACAUGGCUAUCAUCAUUUCAACUGAGCCCUGUUUCUGUGCUUUGCUUGAAUAUUGUAUUACAAAUGGGGCUUACAUCGGAUGCAAUUUACCGUCUGAAUUGGAGUCCUUGUACAGUACCUGUGAUGUCACAGCUUGGGGUUUGGCUGAGUUCUCUAGUGCUGCUAUCACAAGCACCACAAGAGGAUGGUUUUAG